GCCGUCCCACGUCCUCCUCUCUGGCUCCCUGUGGUCGACGGCGGGAGAGCGGGAGCUGAGCUGCUGGCCAUGCCUCUGAAACAUUAUCUCCUUUUGCUGGUGGGCAGCCAAGUCUGGGGCACAGGGCUGGCUUACUAUGGCUGCCCUAGUGAGUGUACUUGCUCCAGGGCCUCCCAAGUGGAGUGCACCGGAGCGCGCAUUGUGGCAGUGCCCACCCCUCUGCCCUGGAACGCCAUGAGCCUGCAGAUCCUCAACACACACAUCACCGAACUCAGUGAGUCUCCAUUCCUCAAUAUCUCGGCCCUCAUCGCCCUGAGGAUCGAGAAGAAUGAGCUGUCCCAAAUCAUGCCUGGUGCCUUCCGCAAUCUGGGCUCACUGCGUUACCUCAGCCUCGCCAACAACAAGUUGCAGGUUCUGCCUAUUGGCCUCUUCCAGGGCCUGGACAACCUUGAGUCGCUCCUUCUGUCCAGCAACCAGCUGGUGCAGAUUCAGCCGGCACACUUCUCUCAGUUCGGCAACCUCAAGGAACUGCAGUUGCACGGCAACCACCUGGAAUACAUCCCUGAUGGCGUCUUUGACCACCUGAUGGUCCUCAAUAAGCUCAAUCUGUGCAAAAAUAGCCUUACUCACCUCUCGCCCAGGGUCUUCCAGCGCCUGGGCAACCUCCAGGUCCUUCGGCUGUGUGAAAACAGGCUCUCAGACAUCCCCAUAGGCACUUUUGAUGGGCUAAACAACCUCCAGGAGCUGGCCCUGCAGCAGAACCAGAUUGGCAUGCUCCCCCCUGGCCUCUUCCACAACAACCGUAACCUCCAGAAACUCUAUCUGUCCAACAACCACAUCUCCCAGCUGCCCCCUGGCAUCUUCCUGCAGCUGCCCCAGCUCAACCGUCUCACGCUCUUUGGGAAUUCCCUGAAGGAGCUCUCUCCAGGGAUCUUUGGGCCCAUGCACAACCUGCGUGAGCUUUGGCUCUACGACAACCACCUCACUUCUCUACCUGACAAUGUCUUCAGCAGCCUCCACCAGUUGCAGGUCCUGAUCCUCAGCCGCAACCAGAUCAGCUACAUCUCCCCGGGAGCCUUCAAUGGGCUGACAGAGUUGCGGGAGCUGUCUCUCCACACCAAUGCACUGCAGGAGCUGGACGGCAAUGUCUUCCGCAUGUUGGUCAACCUGCAGAACAUCUCUCUGCAGAACAACCGCCUCAGACAGCUCCCAGGGAAUAUCUUCGCCAAUGUCAAUGGCCUCAUGACCAUCCAGCUGCAGAAUAACCAGCUGGAGAACCUGCCCAUUGGUAUCUUUGAUCACCUGGGGAAUCUAUGUGAGGUACGGCUCUAUGACAACCCCUGGAGGUGUGACUCAGACAUCAUUCCGCUCCAAAAUUGGCUCAUGCUCAAUAAGCCCAGGCUGGGGACAGACACCCUCCCGGUGUGUUUCAGCCCAGCCAAUGUCCGAGGCCAGUCUCUUAUCAUCAUCAACGUCAAUGUUGCUGUCCCCAGUGUCCAGGUCCCAGUGACCCCCGAGGUGCCCAGCUACCCAGAAACGCCAAAGUACCCAGACACACCCAGCUACUCUGAAACCACUACCAUCGCCUCCACCCCUGAGCUCACCACCUCCAUGAAGGACUACACUGAUCUGACCACCAUCAGUACCAGCGAUGACCGCAACGUAUGGGGCAUGACCCGGGCCCAGAGCGGGCUGGCCAUUGCCGCCAUUGUCAUUGGCAUCAUUGCCCUAGCCUGCUCCCUAGCUGCUUGCAUCUGCUGCUGCUGCUGCAAGAAGCGGAGCCAUGCAGUCCUGAUGCAGAUGAAGGCACCCAAUGAGUGUUAAAGAGGCAGGCUGGGGGCAGAGCUGGGGAUCGGGGGACCACUGGAGGAUCCGGGAACUUCAUCCUUCCACCUCUGCCCCUGGGUCUACAGAGCCAUCCUCUGCUCCCUCUCUGGUCCCUGAGAGAAAAGUGCCCCUGACCUUUUCCUGACCUGCUCUUGCAGGACCUUCUCACCACCAGGGAGAUCAACUGGCCACCGGCAAAAACCCUGAGGGGUUUUUAAUUCACAUCUUUGGGCUUCCUUCAAGAAAACCCCUCCUCCAAAGCCUCACCAGCUCUCCUCCAAGAGCACCCUUCCCUGCGCCUGUGCUCCUGCUGGUCUCUGUAGACUCGCUUAUUACAUGUCUGCUCACUUUGUGGGAAUAGUUCUCCAGUGGGACAAGUAUUCUCCCAAGUAUUCUGUAAGUUGAUUUCCCUUCUUUUGCUUCUCUCGUUUGUGGCAUGGCUCCACCCUGUCCCCUCAAAUGAAAGUUCUCCCUUGAUUUUCUGCUUCUGAAGCAGGGUGAGUUCUCUCAUCAGAGAAGGCUUCAAACCACUUACCUGGUUUCUUAAGAACUGCCAAGCACCCUGGCUCUUAGGAUGCUGUGAAAGAGAGAAGUUAAAAACUUUGCUGCUCAGUUCCUGGAGACAGAGCUGUCGUCAGCAUCUCUCUUGUGGUUUUUAUCCAGAAAAAGAAGAAAGGCACCAGUGCAACCAGUACAGUCUUUUAGAGAAUGAUAUUCCAAAUGGGAAAUUUUUAGUCCUUUAAGGACUAAAAUCAGGUAGACUUUCCGCCCCCUACGAUUGUUAAAAUCAGCUUAUUGGUAGUAGAUGGAGAAAGCAACCUGGUACCUGGGGGUCCUUGUGUUCACCCCUUAGGUUUUUCUCUUUUAACUGUUUACUAAAAAGUAUAACAGAUACACAUAAAAGUGGGAGCAUGAAAGUGUUUAGUUUGAUGGAUUUUCACAAACUGCACACACUUGUAUAGUUGGCAUCCAGAUAGAGAAGCAGGACCUCCAUCAACCAGUAUCCUCCAUCCUGGGUUGUUAUUGGAGAAGACAGAGGCUUAUGGAGACGCCAUGGACUCACCUGGGAACUGGCUCCCCAUGAGCCAGGACAGGCCUCUCACUGUCCCCCCAACCAGUCAACCCUUGCAAAUGUCCAGCUACCAGGGGUAGAGCAGAAGAUGUGGAUACACUCUGGUCUAGACAGAAGAUUUUAUUAAAUCCCCACACCCUGAGGCACCCAGAUUGGCCAGGUCAGAAGCAUCUCAACUGCAGGGGACCAUGCAGCCACAUAUCCUUCCCUGCCAACAAGUUUUCUGCUGCUCAUUGGAGGCCUUCCUGCCUGGGCCUUUUAUGGGCAUGAUAUGCCUGUAUCUGUUUUUAAUUUUCACUUACCCUUUGAGGGAAGUGAAAUACCUCAGAGAUGAGAUCCUUUAAUUGAAUGGCCAAGUGUAAUGGAACCUAGUGAUCCCUCUAAUGUGGUGGCAAAAUUCUCUAUCAACAGUACAGUCAGCUAGAAACGGAACUUCAGAGUUCUAACAUGCAGCAGAAAAUAUCAGUGUACACAGAUAGAUCGCAUGGGGUUGGGGGCUCUCUGGAGCUCCUCCUGCCUGUUGGUCUGAUUAUAAGAAAUGAGUUGUUUAGUCCAUGCUUAUUUUCUUCCUCGAGUUACAAUCACAUGAAUACUCGCCCUUGCAAUCCUUCCUUCUGCACAUAGAUUCACACUGGUUAAAAAAAUUGUGCUCAUAGCAACUCAAAUCUUUUUUUGAACAACCGGUCUACCAGUUUAGACGUAAAAGUUCUCAAUGGAGAAUUUCAGAUGUCCUUGUUUGCCCAGGAAAGAGCUGUAGCCAACAUUACAAAGAUUUGGAAAUCCUCCAUCAAUCCAGACUGGCUCUUACUGGUUCCCUCUGCCCCACAAGACAAGUAAAGAAAUCCUCUGGGGCCUUAGCAGCAUGCUGCUGACAGGUGCCCACCAAAAGGGCCCAGGAAGGGGUGUGCGCAAGAACUAGUGCUCUCAGUAGCUUUUCACUCUCUAUUCCAAAGGAAUCUGGGAGAGAUAGAGCCUGUCACUGGCAAAAGACAUCACCUUCCUAAGGUAAAUAUGGGUCUUCAAAAUGUUUUCAAAAUAUUUGUAGCAACUGGUGGACGUGUAUGAAGGCUCGUCAGGGCCCAAAAGGAAGUGAGCUCAGAGCUUGAGGAGUGAGCAUCAUUCCACUGAUGGUGGCCUGCCAUAUCGAUCCUGGGGCCACAGGGGAAGCCUGGCCUGCUCUUCUCCAGAGAAGAAGCAUGGUUGGUACUGCAUUCCUUAAGGUGCUCCUUAUGAGUCUGCUCUAAUGUCUCCUUGUGCAAAAGCACAAGUGGGCCAGAGAUGGCAGAGAGGUAGAGGAGUCUUCAUCCAGUGUGCCCUGCCAAUAUGAACCCAGGACCCUUGGGUAUUUCCAGCAUUGGCCAUGACAUUGGAGUCCCUUCUUUUUGGCCUUGUAUAUCAACAUGGGCCCCCAGGCCAAAGGCUGGCCUGAGAGCAGCUGUCCCCAGAUUACCCCAGCCAGGAGCACCCCAGAUCAGGGUGGUGAACCCUAUACUUGACCUUCUGAGCUUGCCAUCAGGCCUCCUCUUCCUUGACAGGCCUUUUGGCCUCUCUGCACUGUGUUAUCUGGUCAAGGAGCUGCCAGAAAAGCUGGAUGGAAAGGAAACUCAAAUCCAUUCUGAUGGGAGAAAGGAACAGUUAGAACCACUGUUUUUUCAAAAAUGCUUUCUGUGUGUACUAUCCUUUAAAGCACUCGACAGGCAUUUAUUUUAUUUUUUUUAGCCCUUACUCUACCCUGAUGCAUGAGCACUGCCAUUAUCCCCCGGCAAUAGGGUCUAACAGUGCUCAUUCUUCUACAACGUUAUGCAGUAGGCUCUGGGUUUUCCUCCUCUCUUCAAACUUUGUAUGAGACCUUUUGGCCUGUCCUAAACUUUCAUCAUUACACUGAAAAAAUGGGAGUCACUUUCUUGUUGCUCCCUAUAGUCUUAGCUAUUGAAACCUCACUUGGUGCUGUGUGGAUCAAAAAUCAUAAAUGUAGGGGAAAAAAUAAACUCGUCCAUCUAUUAAAGAAAAACUGGUCCCUCUCAUGGAAAUAUUGUUCCCCUCUUUAGAAUUUAAAGGCACGACACAGUUGUCAGAACUUGUCAUGGGCAACAAGUUUUCACAGCCUUCCAGACAUCAGGAUAGAGCAGUUUUGGGAGUUUAUUUUCACGCUCAGGAAGCUUAUGGAGAGCCGACGGCUAGAUAACUAGAGCUGGCAAACAGGCAGUGGAUGUAUCCCAGCCUUUACCUAUAAACCUCACAAAGAAAUAAGCCCACAGAUCCAACAGUCGGAACUGAAUCCUGGUUGUUGGGCAGGUGGUGGUGGUCUUGGGGAGGAAGCCAUUUCAGAGAGGGUGGGCGGGUGUCCUCCAGGGCAAACUCCUUCAAGUCUGAGCUUUCUCCUUCAUCUAAGGCUGGAUUUUUCUCACCAAACCAUUGCCUUCAUGCUGCCUUCAGUCAUAGAUCAUGUUUACCUUGCUUAGAUAAUCAUUGCAAAUAAUCCCAGGUGCUUGAUGAUGCAUUUAGAGAUUUCUGGGUCCCCGGGGUUUUAUAGGGUGUGAGCCCU